AUGGAAGGGGGGUGGCCCACCAGGAGUGGACUUCUCCUCUGCUUCACUGUCAGCCUUCUGCUUCAAGGAAGGGCAAACACAUUCACCAUCAACUGCUCAGGCUUUGACCUGCAUGGGGUAGACCCUGUUGCCUUCCAGGCUGUAUUUAAACAGACAGACUUCCGUCCGGUCACCAAUGACAGCAUCCCCACCCAGGUCAACAUCUCCUUCACUCUGUCUGCCAUACUGGAAGCGAAUGCACAACUUCAACUGCUGAAGUCAUUUCUGUGGUUAAAGUUGACCUGGAAUAACCCAUUCAUCAGCUGGGACCCAGAAGAAUGUGGUCAUAUCAAUAAACUCACUGUGACAACUGAGAACCUGUGGCUCCCAGACAUCUUCAUUGUGGAAUCCAUGGAUGUGGAUCAGACCCUGGAAGGCCUCUCUGCAUAUGUGACUAAUGAUGGUCACAUUAUGUAUAGCAAACCAGUACAGGUGACCAGCAUCUGUAGACUGGACAUCUUCUACUUCCCCUUUGACCAACAGAAUUGCACACUCACCUUUAUCUUCCUAUACACAGUGGAAAACAUGUUGCUGGGCAUGGAAAGGGAAGUGUGGGCGAUAGCGGAUACCUCGCAUGACGUGGUCCGCACACAAGGGCAGUGGGAGUUUCUGGGCAUCAACAAGCCCACCUCGAAGAUGUCUGUAGGCUCCAGUGUUUUUGACCAGAUCAUGUUCUAUGUGGCCAUCAGGCACAGGCCCAGACUCUACAUCAUAAACCUUCUGGUACCCAGUAGCUUUCUGGUUGCCAUGGAUGCCCUCAGCUUCUAUCUGCCUGCAGAAAGCGAGAAUUGUGCCCCAUUCAAGAUGACCCUUCUGCUGGGCUACAACGUCUUUCUGCUCAUGAUGAAUAAACCUGCUAGUGGCACCCCCCUCAUCAGUAUCUACUUUGCCCUGUGCCUGUCACUGAUGGUGGUCAGCCUACUGGAGACCAUCUUCAUCACCUACUUGCUGCACUUGACCACCACCCAGCCCCCACUCAUGCCCCAGUGGCUCCACUCUCUGCUCCUGCACUGCACCAGCCCAAAGACAUGCUGCCCCAUUGCACUCUGGAAAGAGAGUGGGCUGGAUCUCACACCAACCCACCUGCCUGGCCUGAAAGAGCCCAGGGAGUUGGUAGAAAAGAAGCUGGGACCCAGAGAAGCAGAGCUAAAUGGGGACUCAGGAUUGACAAGGGCCCAGCUCACUGACCUGUGGGUACAGUUCAGCCACUUGAUGGACAUCGUCCUUUUUCGCCUCUACCUGCUUCUCUUAGUCUCCUCCAUCAUCACAGUCAUCGUCCUCUGGAGCACCUAG